UAUUAUUAGGACGGUAUAUGACAGAAAGGAAUAGAAGUGAUUGCUGAAAAAUCAAAAGAAAAGGUGAUGGGUUCAGAAAAUAAGCAUUUUGUUCUGGUGCAUGGGGCUUGCCAUGGAGCUUGGAGUUGGUACAAGCUAAAGCCACGCUUGGAAUCUGCAGGCCACAAGGUCUCGGUGCUGGACCUUGCAGCUUCUGGCACCAACAUGCACAAAAUCGAAGAUGUUCAUACUUUCUCACACUAUUCUGAACCUCUGUUGCAGUUAAUGGCAACAAUUCCUUCAAAUGAAAAGGUGAUUCUGGUGGGUCAUAGUCUUGGGGGACUCAACAUCGCACUUGCCAUGGAAAAAUUCCCAGAAAAAGUUGCUGUUGCUGUUUUCUUAACAGCUGUUGUUCCAGACAUUAAGCACAACCCAUCCUAUGUUUUACAAAAGUAUAUUGAGAGUGUUCCAGCUCCGAACUGGUUGGACUGUGAAUUCUUGCAGAGUGGAAACAAAACAGUAGUCGUUUUUGGUCCCAAAUUCUCGUCCACCAAACUCUACCAAGGCUCCUCCAUUGAGGAUAUAGAAUUGGCAAGAACCUUGUUAAGACCAGGUUCCCUCUUCAUCGAAGACUUGUCUCAGCAGACAAAUUUUUGUAAAGAGAGAUAUGGGUCGGUUCCUCUUGCUUUUAUUGUUUGCACUGAGGACCUUGGAAUUCCACUGAAUUUUCAGCUCUGGAUGAUUAAGAAUGCUGGCGUCAAUGACGUUGUAGAGAUUGAAGGUGCCGAUCAUAUGGCCAUGCUUAGCAAGCCACAAGAACUAUGCGAUUCUCUGCAGCAAAUAGCUGCUAAAUAUGCAUGAAUGCACGAAUUUUGAGAUUAACAUGUCUUCUAAUUACAAGUUCUUAUCUCCAACGAGUAAUAUCAAUCAAAUGAUGUUUUUCCGACCACAGGAUACGCACGAAGUUGUAUCCUAAAGACCUAUUCAUUCUCAGUUUCUCAUUUCUUAGAAUUUCUUUAUGUUAAUAUUGUUUAUAAAGAAAAAAUGAAUAAAAGAAACUGUUUCGGCUUUC